AUGCUGGGGGACCUGGACCGGCUCCGCACCUUCAAGGUGGCGGCGAACGGCGGGCUCCGCGGGUCCGUGCCGGCGUCGUUCGCGGGGCUCACGGCGCUCACGGAUCUCGACCUCGCGGAGAACGCGUUCUCGGGGCCCGUGCCGCCCUUCGCGGCGCUCCUGACGAACCUGACGUGCCUGGACCUGAGCCACAACGCCUUCGACGGGCCCCUGCCGCCCCUGCCGCCGUCGCUGACGACGCUGGACCUCGGCCACAACGCGGUGAGCGGCGGCGUCGCGCCGGAGUUCUGCCAAACGGCCGCGGCGACCCUCGAGACCUGCUUUUUGAACAACAACGCCCUCGAGGGCCCCGUGCCCGCCGAGAUCGGCGACAUGGUCGCCCUGCGGAGCCUGAACCUGAGCCACAACCGCCUCUCGGGGCUCGUGCCGGAUUCCGUGACGCGGCUCACGAACGCGCGGAGCCUGGACCUCCAGGGCAACGCGCUCGAGGGCGUCACCAUCCCCCAGGGCCUCGAGGACCUGCCGAACCUCCAGUACUACAUGGGCGCCGAGGGCUUCGCGUCCCACUACCUCCAGCGGCCCAAGCGCUUCGACCGCUACCGCUUCGCGUUCGGCAUGGAGUUCCAGAAGAUCUACGCGGGGCCCACGCGCCUGCCGCCCGUCGCGCCCAAGAACGGCGGCGAACACGACGCCGGCGGCGACCGCGCGGCGCCGCCGACGCCGCCGCCGCGCGCGCGGGACCGCCUCCCGACGUACGUCCAGGCCACGGGCGGCCGGGGCGCGCCGCCGGCGAUCCGGCGGAGCAUGAUCCAGGCGUCGCGCGCGCCCGCCGCGGACGGCUAA